UCUGCUAGGUGUUGCCUGUCAUUCAUUCACACUGGUCUGUGGAAAUCAGUAGUCGUAUCUAUGACUUUUGUUGAAGAAGUGCUGUUGACUUAGCAAGCCAGCUAACACUAGCUUGCUAUAAUAGCUGACAAGCUAACUUGGCGGACACAUCAAAUUGAUUAUAACUUGGCUAUUAAAGCUAGUUAGCUAAUAAGCUAGCUUAGAGAUGCGGUUCGUUGGAAAGAGAUACCAUCACUCAGGCUAGUUAUAUUUGAGCAAACGUACUAUCAGCAGUAACAGUUCAAUUUAGUAGAUGCCAAUAAUACACAAAAGUAGAACAGUAAAAGUGUAAGAUGUAGAACUUCAGUAACGGUAAUCCAGCUGACGUUAGUGAUUUGGAACAAGGGUGGGGUGAAAAUGAAAUUCACAGUAUGAGGCAUCAGCCUUGUCAAGACCAUGGAGAAAUAUGAGAAGGUGAAGAAGAUCGGAGAAGGCUCCUUUGGGAAGGCAUUCCUGGUUCAGUCCAAGGAAGAUGGCCACCAGUAUGUCAUCAAGGAGAUUGGCAUCUCCCGGAUGUCAAAUAAAGAAAGGCAGGAGUCGCGUAAGGAGGUGGCGGUCCUCGCCAACAUGAGUCACCCAAACAUCGUCCAGUAUAAGGAGUCCUUUGAAGAGAGUGGCUGCUUGUACAUAGUAAUGGACUACUGUGAGGGAGGAGACCUGUUUAAGAAGAUUAACUCUCAGAGAGGACUGCUCUUCCCGGAGGAGCAGAUCCUGGACUGGUUUGCACAAAUCAGCCUGGCUCUGAAACACGUGCAUGACCGCAAAAUACUUCACCGGGACAUCAAGUCACAGAAUAUCUUUCUGACCAAAGAUGGAACUGUACAGUUGGGGGACUUUGGGAUCGCCAGGGUUCUGAACAGCACUGUGGAGUUGGCCAGGACCUGUAUAGGAACCCCUUACUAUCUUUCCCCAGAGAUUUGUGAGAACAAACCCUACAAUAACAAGAGUGACGUUUGGGCCUUAGGGUGUGUCCUGUAUGAAAUGUGCACGCUUAAGCAUGCAUUCGAGGCGGGGAACAUGAAGAACCUGGUUCUGAAGAUCAUCCGGGGCUCCUACCCCCCGGUCUCGUCGCACUACUCCCAGGACCUGCGCUGCAUGCUGGGCCAGCUGUUCAGACGCAACCCCCGGGAGAGACCUUCGGUCUGCAGCAUCCUGGGCAAGCCAUUCCUCUCCCGCAGGAUACACAGGUUUCUCACGCCACAGCUCAUUGCUCAGGAAUUCAGCCCUGGCGCUCUCCAUAAGCAUCCCAAAGUGUGUGUGGCGCAGGGUCCACCAGCAAAGCGCCCAGCCUCUGGUCCAGCGGCGAUCUCUCCUGCCCAGAAGAUCACCAAACCAGCUGCCAAAUACGGAGUGCCUUUGACCGUCCGGAGGCCCUCGGAUGCGCUCCGCAAGGCUGCCGAUGCUGGCAGGAAGCCUGCCGAGCGGAAACCUGUGGCCAAACCUAAACAGGCCCCCCCCCCAGCAGUGCCUCAGAGGAGAGCGAGUCGCGCUGAGGAGGAGAGAAGGAAGUCUGAGGAGGCGGCGAGGAAAAGGCGACUCGAGCUGAUGGAGAAAGAGAAGAAGAAGAGAGAACAGAUAUUCCUGCUGAAAGCUGCCCAGAUACGAAGAUUUGAAAAGGAUAAGGUGAGCCAUAUCAAUCGAGCGAGAGAGCAGGGGUGGAGGCAUGUCCUGAGCUCCAGCGGCGGCAGCAGUCCUGAGAGAAAGUUUUAUGGUGGUGGGGGUGGCAUGAUGGCGGCCUCUCCUGCCCACGCACCCAGCCACGCCCCCGCCCAGCCCCCAAACAGAUAUGACCACUUCCUGUCUGCCCUGGACCAGCUUGCCAAACCUCAAGAAGGGGCCAAGGCAGCAGGAGACACACCUGCCAGGGGUGCCAUGGGUGCUGCUGCCCCAGCGCUACCCAAUGGCCACGUUGGACCCUCCGGCCUGGCACGUCCACACGAGGGAGAUGCGGUGAAGGUGGAGGUCAGGAGGUUGGAGCAGGUCUCCAAAAAUGCCAAUGCCAACAGGCUGCGGGGUCAGGUGGCGGCCGGGCGGGCCUUUCAGGUGGAGGAGUUCCUGCAGAGGAAGAGGGAGGCCAUGCUGAACAAAGUGCGGGCUGAAGGACAGCUGGGAGCGCGGCAAAAGCUGACCGCCGUCUUUGGGAGCAGACCUGGCACCAUGCGGUGCAGGAGGCCCAGAGUGAACAAGGAGGAGGAGGAGUACCUGUCACGGCUGAGGCAGAUCAGGCUGCAGAACUUCAAUGAGCGGCAGCAGAUUAAAGCCCGUUUGAGAGGCGAGAAGUAUGACAGCGACGGCUCUGACAGUCACGAGCCUAGUGAAGAGGCCGAGCUGAGGAAGAAGAAGAUCGAGGCGCUGAAGGCCCAGGCAAACACACGUGCUGCAGUGCUGAAGGAACAGCUGGAGAAGAAGAGGAGGGAGGCGUACGAGAGGGAGAAGAGAGCCUGGGAUGAUCACCUCAAUGUUCGAGGAGUGAAGAUAGGUGGGGUAGCAGCUGUUGCCCUGCCCCCUUCCCCUCCCCCUGACCCCGCUCCCCAGCCUGCCCCCACCUUCCCGCCCCCACCCUCCUCCAAACCCACCGCCCCGUCCAUCUCCAUGACUGCUGCGCUGAAGGACGUUGGAGCGCUAGCGUCUGGCCAGAACUCUCCUAUGAAGGAAGAAUCCCCCAAGAUGGAGGCGCCUGUCGUCCAGCCCCAGAGCGAGAAGAAGGAGAUCCUCCGGCGACUGAAUGAGAACCUGAAGGCUCACAGCCAGACGCCGGGGGAGGGCGAGGCUGCGCCGGCGGUGACGGAGGUGACGGAGGUGACGGAGGGGCCUUGUCCCGCCCUGCAGCAGGACCAGCCAGUGGUGAUGGAGGAGGAGAGGCCGGUCUCCGGGGGCGACCGCAAGAAGUGGGAGGCGGGAGCUGCGCCUGUCUUCCCUGUGGCACAGCAGACUUUAGAGGAGACCUGCCUGACCUCACCUGCAUCCCAGAGUGUUUCCCCUGAUGAGAGACUGCCCUCUGCUGGUGACAGGCGGAAGUGGGAGAUGACGGCUCCUCCGUUUCUGGCCGUGGCUCAGCAGACACUAGAAGAGACCUGUAUACCAACACCAGAGCAAACGGCUGGUGAGGUCAUCCGUCUGGAGGCAUGGCAGGGGGCGGGUCCGAGGAGAGCCUGGGGGCAGAGUCCAGACGCUCAGGUCCUGGAGAUGCUGAAAGAGGCGGAGCUUCAGCCCCUCACCCAGCUGUUGGACAACGCCAGCAUCUGUGAUAGGCCAGUCACAGACUGCCUUAGGCCAUCAGUUGGGCCUUCCACUGGCCAGGAGGGGACCAGACCAGCACCACAGACACAGACACAGCCAAGCACAUCUGCCACUGCUCCAGAAACAGACGAGCCCAUUCCGCUGGAGGUCGAAGGUGAAGAGGAAGCGACGGUUUCAGCGGAGGAAACGUUAGUGCCCCAACCGCAGUCCACCGACGGGGCAGGAGAUGACGCAUGCACAGAUGAAGUGCAUGUUUCAGCUGGAGGUCAAUCUGGACUUCCUGUUUAUUUGUCAAACUAUGGUGGAAUCCUACUGGGACCAACGAGGAAGCAGGCGUCCUCAGCUCCAAUAAAACUGGGCUUUGGGUGCCAGUUAGGAAUGAAGAGAAAAACUGCACUCUCAGAUGAACUGGAAUCGCUGGUGCUGGAGGAGAGGCCGCAGCGGCCUGUAAAUCCCCCAGCCGGGGUGCUCCAUGCCUGGGGCCCAGAUGCUUCACCGGCUGGGCCACCAGGGGGCAAAACUGCACCACACACAGAGAAGAGGGAACCGGCAGAGAGCGAGGAGAAGCCAGCAGAGCCUUCAGGCGUGCCCCCGUGCGAUGAGCCCCUCUUCCUGAGGCUGUGUAGCCCCGCUCACCGGCGCACCGUGGCCUUGGCCCUGAUGUCGGCGCAGUCGUCCAUGGAGGACUCGUCGUCCUCGCUGGCCUCGCGCUCGCGCUCCAUCUCCCCCAUGCGCUCCAAGCACCAGGACACGCUCCUCAUCGGCCUCUCCACCGGCCUCUUCGACACCAACAACACCAAGAUGCUACGGACGUGCUCUCUGCCGGACCUCAGCAAGCUCUACAAGAGCGCAGACGCAGACACAGACGUCACGGAGGGAAACGGUGCCGUUGCCCCUGACAACAACCUGGAGAUCGAGGACCUGGAGGAGAACGGCAAAGCAGAGGAGCAGUCGGAGGCGGAGGAUGCCUAUGAGGAUGAAGACGACUUACGGGAGCUGCGAGCCUCCAUGGAGAGACUACUGCAGGACGCCCAGAGCGAGGAAGAGGAGGAGGAGGAGGAAGAAGAUGCAUCGAAUGGGAGCCCGGGUGAUGAGGACGAAAGCUGCUAUAAUGGGGCGGAACGAGGUGCAGAGAAAAAGGGCCAGCGAGGAAGCACUGAGGAAGAGGAGGAGGAGGUGGACGGAGGUUUCAACGGAGUGGGAGGUGAGGAAGAGGAGGGCACCUCCAGCAGCAGUCCUGAUGAAGAGCCCCUUGGGCCGCUCACUAACGGGGUGGAGGAGGAGGAGGAGGAAGAGGAGGAGGAGGAGCAUCACAGCAGUGGGGACCAGCUGAAUGAAGAAUGGCAGUCAGAUGACAGCGAGGAGGACGAGGUAGAUGAGCUGGAGCAGCAGGACAGCAUCUUCAGUCGUCUGGAGGAACUGCGCUUCCAGCUGGAGAAGGAGAUGGGCUUCGAGAACUUCAUCGAGGCCUACAACAAGAUCAAGGCUAUUCAUGAAGAUGAGGAUGAGAAUAUAGACAUGGGCCCCAGCAUGCUGCAAAGCAUCCUGGGAACAGAACACCAGCACCUUUAUCCCAAGAUCCUUCACCUGGUUAUGGCCGACGGGGCGUAUCAAGAAGAUAAUGAUGAAUAGAAGCCAUUCAUCCACCCAGGCUGGCAGCUCCAGACAAUCUGUUGGCAGACUGAUGUCUUCCCAGGAUGCACUUGAGGGUUUGUCUGCACAUUGGGGGAUGGGGGUGGGGUGGGGUGGUGAGAGCAGUGUUGGUCGGGGAAGGAUGAGGGCUUGGUUAGGCCUCUGUUGGAGGCGUAGGUCUCAGGCACUUAUGCAUGGAGAAUGCUGAGGUAGUUCACUUGAAGACUGACAGUUUCUCCUUCCACAUUUUAGUGAUUGACACAAUGUUUUGUAAGUAGUAUACCGUGGACACGAAUGAAAGUACAGCAAAGUAAUAUGGCGACACGUAACCAAAGUCUAAUAAGUUGUUCCAUGGGUAACUGUCGACAGCACGGUGCUCCUUUUUUUUUUUAAAGUCCCAAGGCCUGCCAGGUCGUAGGUCAGAGGUCGAAGAUUAAUUUGCACCUCGGGGGUCGGGGACUUCUUCACAACACUUGUCAGAUCUCACUUGCUUGACCUUUCUCUUGAGGCACAGACUAGUCCUAUAUCAGGACGCACCCGUGUCAACUUCUUUCCAACCAGCUCGACCUCGUUUUCUGUACUUUUUUGUCCCGGGUAAAUUUUUACAAAGCUUGGUUUAAAUGCAGUUCUCAGAUUCUUCUCAGAUUUCUUACAGUUUUCGCACUAAUUAACACUACUGGUUUAAUGUUUACAUGGUGAAUGGCUGUUAGAUGGAAAAUGCAGGUCACUAUGGUAGCAAAGAAAAUGCAAUGCAAGGAACUCCUACUGUUAUGUCAGGAUGUAUGUUGACUGUAUAAAGAAUUGUAAGAAAUAUAAAUGAAGAGGAAGGGAAUCAAUUUAUCACAGAAUGUUGCUCUUUGAUAAUGAGGCAGAAACUAUGUAUCUUUUUAAUAAUAAAUAAAUGCUUACAUUUUCUAAA